AUGGCUUACAAAUCCACGAAGACAUUCCUAAUCGUAGGAAUGGCAGGAACAGGUAAAUCCACCUUUUCGCAGAGCUUAUACACAUGGAUAUCAUCACAAUAUCCGCCUAUAAUAGAUUUCAAAUCGUGUUUAAACAGCAACAUAACGUCAAUAAAUUUAGACCCGGCCACACUGAAGGUUAAGAUGCCGCUUGAUCUCGACAUAAGAGAAUAUUUUGAUUACGAAAAUGUGAUGGAGACAUACAACAUUGGUCCCAACGGGGCAGUCACCACCAUCAUCAAUCUUUUUCUUAUGAGAUGGGAUGUUAAAAUUACGAGCAAUUUUGUGAUUAUUGAUACACCGGGCCAGAUAGAAGCGUUUGUGUGGUCCAAUGCGGGUAAGGUACUCGUUGAUAAGUUAGUAUACUGCAGAAGUGGUGUGAGCGAUAAAAUAGGCGACAACAGCGUUAAAAAUGAUCUUAUGAGCGGUGAAAGCAUCGAAAGUGGCAAAAGUAAAAGUGCUAAAGCUGGGGUCAACCCCAACAGCGUUAUUCUCUUGUAUCUAAUAGAUUCCCAGGAGUGCAAGAAGCCAAGCGUGUUCAUGUGCAACAUGAUAUACGCCCUAAUUCUUAAAUUACGUUUCAAUGUUCCCAUCCUCAUUGUGUUUAAUAAGGUGGACCUAUCCCCUAUGCCCGUGGAAUGGAUCUCAAACUAUGAGAAGUUCAUGAACGAUGUAAAUGAUGACAGCAUGUGUAAUUCGUUGCUGAGUUCGAUGGCACUUUAUUUCGAGGAAUAUUACCGAUCGUUUGAUUAUAUUGGUGUCAGUUCUAUCACUGGUGAGGGCAGAGAUGAGUUCUUUGAGCGUAUAGAGAAAAUGAUGGACAAGAAUGUUUAAAUACAGGGUUUUUCGCUUUUGAAAAGAACAGAUUAAAUGCAAUUUUACACACA